CCGCAUUGUUGUUGGGGGAGAGAGAGAGAGAGCAGCGCGGAGCAGCUGCCGUUCGUUAUAAGAAAGCGGACACCUCAAUGGACGAAUGGUUCUUUAUACCAACGCUUAUAUGCCUCGGAUAGAACCGAGCUCGGAAUCCGGACGGUUGUCGUGGAUAUCGCUGUCCGCCCUUCAAAUUUUCAUUUGAAAGCUCGAGGUGCGUCCGUUGGAUGAGAAGAUUGGUGCGGAAUCUCAGGCGCUCCGCAAGGCCACAUCGCCAUUGCUUUUCGCCAGAGCUGUUGCCUUCGGCAAAAAGCUUAGGAUCUCCGAGACCCUGUAGGGAGUCAAGAUGAAGAAGAAAGCCCGGAAUAACAAAGCACAGGUGCAGAAGCGGCCGGCAUCUCCCAUCCGGCCCUCGCCCAACCGGGAGACGCUGACGUACGCCCAGGCGCAGCGCAUGGUGGAGCUGGAGGUGGACGGCCGCGUGCACCGCAUCAGCAUCUACGACAAGCUGGGCGUGCUGUCGGACGACGACCCCACGGCGCAGGAGAUGCUGGAGUGCAACAGCAACAAGGAGAACAGCGAGAAGCCUCAGCAGGCCCCCGUGCGCUCGGCGCGCCUCAAGAACAGCCAGCAGCGGAAGAGCGCCGCCCUCGCCGACCAGCAGGGGGCGCAGGAGCAGGGAAGCAAGCUCCCCGAGCCCAAGAUCCGCAUCGUGGAGUACAACCUGCCCGCCGUGCCCCGGAGGCCCGCCACCUACUACACCUACGCGGAGAAGACGCCCGAGGAGCUGGACGAGGAGGUGGAGUACGACAUGGACGAGGAGGAUUACGCCUGGCUGGAGCUGGUCAACGAUAAGCGGCGGAGCGAGGGCUUCAGCCAGGUGUCGCCCAACGUCUUCGAGUUCCUCAUGGACCGGCUGGAGAAGGAGGCCUUCCUGGAGGGCCAGGGCCGCGGCGGCUCGGACCCGCGUCCGCCAGUGGACGAGGACGCCGUCUGCUGCGUCUGCAUGGACGGUGAGUGCCACGACAGCAACGCCAUCCUCUUCUGCGACAUGUGCAACCUGGCCGUGCACCAGGAGUGCUACGGCGUGCCCUACAUCCCCGAGGGCCAGUGGCUGUGCCGGAGCUGCCUGCAGGCCCCCGAGCGGCCCGCCGAGUGCGUCCUCUGCCCCAACCGGGGCGGGGCGCUCAAGAGGACCGACGACGACCGCUGGGGCCACGUGGCGUGCGCGCUGUGGGUGCCCGAGGUGGGCUUCGCCGAUGCCGUCUUCGUGGAGCCCAUCGACGGUGUGCGCAGCAUCCCGCCGGCCCGAUGGAAGCUCACCUGCUACCUCUGCAAGGAGAAGGGCGUCGGCGCCUGCAUCCAGUGCCACCGCGCCAACUGCUACACCGCCUUCCACGUCAGCUGCGCCCAGAAGGCCGGCCUCUACAUGAAGAUGGAGCCCGUCGGGGAGGCCGCGGGAGGCGAGGGCGACGCCGGCGCUUUCUCGGUGAGGAAGACGGCCUACUGCGGCGCGCACACGCCCGCCGGCUGCGUCCGCAGGCCCCUCGCCAUCUACGAGGACGCCGGGGACAAGGGCGGGGGGAGGGCCAGGCCGAAAGGCAAGCACAGCAAGAAGAAGAAGGGCAAGAAGACGGCAUCUGAGCCCGUGGCUGCGGUCCAAACGGCGACUGUGCCUAGUAUCCCCAUGCAAAGGUUACACAUCAUCCUCAGCCAGGUCUCCGUGCAGAAGAAGAAGGUGUUCUUCGAGCGCGUCCUGAGCUACUGGACGCUGAAGAGGCAGUCCAGGAACGGCGUGCCGCUCCUCCGCCGGCUGCAGACCACCCUGCAGUCCCAGAAAACCACUCAGCCGAAGGAGAACGAGGAGGAGAGCCGGGCGCUGAAGGAGCAGCUGAGGGACUGGCACCGGCUGCGGCACGACCUGGAGCGGGCGCGGCUCCUGCUGGAGCUGAUCCGCAAGCGAGAGAAGCUCAAGAGAGAGGAGAUGAGGCUGCAGCAGUCUGUGCUGGAGAUGGAGCUCACGCCCCUCACGGUUCUGCUGCGCUCUGUCCUGGACCAACUGCAAGAGAAAGACCAGGCCAGGAUCUUUGCACAACCCGUCAGCAUCAAAGAGGUACCAGAUUACCUGGACCACAUCAAGCACCCGAUGGACUUCUCCACGAUGAGGAAACGCAUCGAGGCUCAGGGCUACCGGAACCUGGACGAGUUCGAGGGCGACUUCAACCUGAUCGUGGCCAACUGCAUGAAGUACAACGCCAAGGACACCAUCUUCUACCGCGCGGCCGUGCGCCUGCGGGACCAGGGCGGGGCGCUGCUCCGGAAGGCCCGGCGGCACGCGGAGGCAGUCGGGUUCGACCGCGAGAGCGGCCUGCACCUGCCCGAGGCGCCCAAGGUGGAGCCGCCGCCCCCUUUCUCCUGGGAGGACGUCGACCGGCUGCUGAACCCGGCCAAUCGGGCACACUUGUCCCUGGAGGAGCAGCUGAAGCAGCUCCUGGAGAAGCUGGACCUGACGUUUGCCAUGAAGUCGUGCCCGUCGCGCAGCAAGCGGCUCAAGCUGCUGAAGAAGGAGAUCAGCGAAGUGCGCUGUGAGAUGAGCCCCAAGAAGACCCCGCCCGCCCCCGCGGAGCCCAGCCAACCGGCCGCAGUGGAGGCGGGGCCUGCUGCACCGAGCGUGGAGGAGGAUGGGGACAAGUCUUUGCCACCGAAGCUAGAGCCAUCGGACUCGUUGCCGCCUUCUGUAAACUCAGACACCAACUCAGAACCGCCUACACUCAAACCCAUCGACCCCAGCCCAGACAAGUGCCAUAAACCCGCUGUGACGCCCGACAGCGACAAAACCGCCACCUCAUCCCCCGAGGAGCCGCCGGACGGACCCACCCCGGAGAGCCAGCCGCUCCCCAACGGCGACGUUGCCGAGGAUGCGGCCCCCGCGCCCGCCGAGCCCCCCGGCCCCGUCGGCCGGCGCACCGCCGUGCUCUUCCGCAAGUCGAAGAGCGUGAGCCCGCAGAAGCCGGCGGGCGCGGGCGACGCCUCGCCCCCCCGGCCGCAGCUGGGCACCAAGACCUUCCUGUCGGUGGUGAUCCCGCGCCUGGAGACGCUGCUGCAGCCGCGCAAGAGGUCCCGCAGCGCCAGCGGGGACAGCGAGUCCGACGAGCCCUCGCCCCGGAAGCGCUUUGACGCAGGGCUGUCUAACGGCUUCAUCAUCGAGCAGGAGAAAGGGCUCAGUCCCAGCAGGCCGCUGGAACCUCGCCGCAGGUGCGCCUCGGAGUCCAGCAUCUCCUCCAGCGGCAGCCUGCCGUGCAGCUCCAGUAGUUUCAGUCUUCCGAAGUGCGGGAAGGGCAAGCCGGCACCAGCGCGGAGGAGCACCGCAGACGACAAAGCCCAGCUGGUGGCCUGCAUCGAAAGCGGGAACUUCGCCAAAGCCGCCCGCCUCGCAGCCGAAGUUGGCAACAGCAAUAUAUGGAUGCCCACUAGUGCCGCAACUGUUGCACUGGAACCUCUAAAACUAGUUUGGGCAAAAUGUAGCGGAUAUCCCUCCUACCCUGCCUUGAUAAUAGACCCCAAGAUGCCCAGGGCGGCCUACCAUCACAAUGGGGUGUCGAUUCCGAUACCUCCCCUGGACGUGCUCAGGAUUGGAGAGCAGAUGCAGUACAAGUCCGGAGAGAAACUCUUCCUCGUUCUCUUCUUCGACAACAAGCGCAGCUGGCAAUGGCUUCCUAAAUCCAAGAUGGUCCCGCUGGGAAUGGACAAGACCAUUGACAAGAUCAAGCUGAUGGAGGGCCGCACCACCAGCAUCCGCAAGGCGGUGCAGACUGCCUUCAGCCGCGCCGUGCACCACCUGAGCCGGGUGGGAGACGAGCCGGUCAGCGACAUGAGCGACCUGGACUGAAUCCGCACACGCCUCGCCUGACCUCCGGGCCCGCCCCUCCCCCCGAGGGCCUCGUCCGGGUGCCUCGCCUCACCGUUUACCCGCCGGGGGGGGGAUGGGUGGGGUUCGGCACGUUUCGGCACCCCUACCCCCUGUCCCUCCCCCUCCCAGCCUCGCUGGUCUGAUGGCUGGCCACUCGAUGAAUGUGCUGGAGUUGAAACUUCUCCGCGACCGUGCUGCAAGACUGCUGGACUACCGCUGUAACCCUCACUGCCAUGACAUCAUCAAGACAUUUCCCAUGGUUCACUCUGUUUCCACUAGUGAAUAGCUCUGUGUUCAAUGCACUGUGUAAAUACCUGUA